AUGUUUGGUGGUGAGCCCAGCUCAUCUGCCCUUCCCACAAUGGCUACCGAUAGCAGGAAGAGCGUGAAGUUUGUAGAAGCUUCGGGUACUGAAGUUAGAACUGAAUUGAUAUGUUCCACCUCUGAUUUCCUCUUGCGAAGUGGAACCCAAUGGGGAUCUAUCGCUCAAGCUUUUAAUUGCGAUGAUAUGGGAGAUGAUAGUAAGCGCAUGGAAGAGCUAUUGGAGCUUUGUAGUUGGGAUUAUGCGGAGUCAGUGUCUAGUAUAGGAUCAACUGACGAUGAUGGGAGGCGUGGAUCAACAUCUGAUUUAUCUAGUCACUCCUUGUCUUAUUUUGAGAGAAGUACCGAGGAGUUUGUGAGGAAGCAAGUGUAUGAACCUCGGUUGAGCAGUCUUAGACUGAACAGUUUGUUGAAACUUGAUAGUCGGCCAAAACUAGUGGCCAGAAGGAAAUCUCUCAAAAGAUAUGAAACUAUCUUUGCAUCAGAAGACAAAGGAAAAUUGGAAGAUGCUUUCAAAGGAAUAAUCACGGAAGAUAAUGCUGAUCAUGACGUCAGUAUAGUUCAAGAAAUUGUAGAAACAACCACAGAGGAGAACGUUGAAAACGUAGAACCUGCAAACUUCUGGGAUGAUGUAGAUUUCUGA